AUGUCGCCCUCUUCUGCUCAAAGAGUUCUUCUUAAAUCUAUAGCGUCGGCCGACCCAGAAGGACGUUUUGAAAUCGUCGAUGAUAUUCAAACAUUUUAUAAAAUAGCAAUCCCUCAACAAGAAGAACAAAAACAAAAUUUACAUGUCAAUAGCAACAACAACGUAGAUUCAGAUAAACCUGUGAUUUUAUGUCUUCAUCAGAUUUUUGGGAAUUUAUACACAUGGAGACAUCUCAUGCAACCACUUGCUAAUGCUACAGGUUGUCAUGUAAUAGCUUAUGAUAGAGUAUGUUUUGGUUUUACCGAAAGGCCAAUACAAUGGGAAGAAGGCAAAAAUCCUUAUACACAAGAAGCUUCAUGUGAAUUUGUAUUGAAGCUUUUAUCAUGUUUAGGAUAUGCAAAUAAAAAGAUUAUAUUUGUUGGAUCAUCUGCUGGUAGUGCAAUUAGCUGCUAUCUCUCAAUAAAAUAUCCACAUAUUGCUUUUGCUUUGAUUUUUCUUGGUCCACCAUCAAUUAUACGUAAGAUUAUAGGAUCAUUUCUUGGAAAAUUGAUUCUUAAAUCUUUUCUACACACAUCUUUUCCAGUACAAUCAUUAUAUAAUGAUGUAAAGUCGAUUCCUGAUUGGGCAACUGUGGUCAAGCCUUGUUAUAGAGUACCAUUAACUUUACCAAAUUUUUAUGAAUCAGUUGCAUUCCUAAUGAAAUAUUUUAUUCCACUUGAAAUUCUACCACAUAAAAAUGUAUUACAAAAAAUUCCAAUUUUAUUCAUGAUAGGAGAUAAUGACACAUACACAAAAUAUGAUGCACACAUAAACGUAUUCGAAGAAAUCAAACUGGGCUCAUCGUCUGAUUCAAUCUUGGAGUUUAAAGCACUGACACAAUGUGGACAUUUUCCUCAAGAUGAAAAACCUCAAGAGGUCUUACAAUCAAUGAUUGAUUUCUUGGGAAAACUUGGAAUCUAA